AUGGUCGAACUUCGCAAACGCAAAGCCCCCGCGCCACCACCUCCGGUUGUGCAAAAGAAACCUAAAUCGGUCCCUAAAGCCAAAGAGGCCAUCGAGGUCGUGGCCCCCAGUCAGCCUGCAGCGCAAAAGGUGCCUCAAGUUGCCGACAUCAUUGAGUUAGAGGGAUUUGGCGGCGAGAUUGAAACCAACGAUGGCACUACGACCACCUUGAAGAAGCUUGUGGAAGAAAGCUCGACGGGUGUCGUUCUAUUCACCUAUCCUAAAGCCUCAACCCCUGGAUGUAUCAAGCAAGCGUGCCUGUUUCGUGACAACCACAAACAUCUUACAUCUACUGGUCUAUCUAUCUACGGUCUCUCAGCCGAUUCACCCAAAGCCAACACCACUUUCCAAACGAAGCAAAGUCUCCCCUAUCCGCUUCUAUGCAAUCCCAGUGGGACAUUGAUUGGCGCGUUGGGAUUCAAAAAGGUCCCCAGAGGCACUAUCCGAGGUGUAUUUGCUGUGGAUAAGAAGGGCAAGGUCUUGCUUCUAGAAGCCGGUGGCCCCGAUGCAACCGUGGAUGCCGUGCAGAAACUUGUCGCCCUGGACUCUAGCAAUGAAGGUGGACAGAAUGAGGAAAGCAAUGAGAGUAAAUAG